AUGGGCUCUACUGUUAAACAAUAUGGUUUGAACAAGAAAUUAAAAGAUAGCUAUACACUUUCCUUGCUCAAAUUAUAAAAAAGAGAGAUGUAUAUUUUUAUUUAACCCAUUAUUAAUUCUCAAUUUACUUUAUUAUUUAAUUAAAUGUAAAAACCAAAAAUGAUAGAAAAUGCUAAAGAUUUUUCUUGUUCUAAAGGACAUAAGCUACCUGUCUUCAUAAUAACACUUGAUCCAAAAUUAUCAAGGAAUUAGAGACCUAUGUGCACAGAAUAUUUAGAAAAUACAGACAUAAAUGACAAAGUGGUUGGAUUACAGAAAACGAUUUAAUUAAUUGAAGAUAAUUAAGUAAAGAAGAUGGAAAAAGUGGAAACUAUCAUAACGAAUUAAAUAAAAAUAAUUGAAUAACUACAUAGUAACGUUGAUCAAAAGAAAACACAUCUAUUGUAAUAAUUAGAAUAAUUGAUUAAUAUAAUUAUUGAAUGGAUUCAGAAUCUAUAAUAACAAAUAUCAUAAUGUUCUCAAUAUAGUUUAUUUAUUUAUUUAUUUAUUUAUUAUGGAUAAUACUCAUUCGUUCCUUCUAAUAAUUUUUUUAGAGUUUUUCUUUGAGCCCUUAACAGUCUUUUUAUUCAUUCUAGGAAGUUAUUUAAAUUAUUCUUCUUUCUAAAGAUGUUAUUCUAUCUGCAUCUACUCAAGUUAAAGUGAACCCUCAUGCGUCUAGGUCUACAAUUUGGGGAACUAGUCCAUUUGACUCCUUAACCAUGAAGACAAUUUAGAUUUCAUAACAGUUUCCUUAUCAAGAAACAAAUCACCUUUCGUGACUGUUGAAAAAAUUAAUUAACUUUUCUAGCCAUCUUCGUAUUCAUUCAAUCUCAGUAUAUCGGUAUCAUAAAUCAAUUUACAAUUGCUAUUGAUAAAGAUUGUUCAACAUUGGUGGCUGGAUUUGAUUAACUAAUUAAAGUAUUUGAAUAAGGAAUGAUCAAACAAAUUUUAACUUUAAAUUAACAUUAGGAUUCUUUAUUUACUUUAAACUUUAUGUAGAAUAAAUAGUUUAUAUCUGAAAGUUAUGAUAAUUCUAUAAUAAUAUGGAAAUAUAAUAAAAAUAAUUUAUGGUAUUAUUAAUAAAUAUUAAAUGGACAUAAUAAUAGUAUCUAAUAUUUAAUAAUCAAUUCUAAUGAAGAUCUAAUAAUAUCAGGGAGUGAUGAUAACACUAUUAAGUUUUGGGUAAAUAAGAAUGAAUGGUUGUGUUAAUAAAAAAUUAAUGAUCAUUCUAAUUCUGUUUAUGGAUUAAGUUUGAAUUAAUAAUAAAAUAGAGUUGUAUCAUGUGGAAGUGAUGAGUAUAUAUUAAUAAUAGAAUAAUCAGAAUAGAAUAAAAAAUUGAAAGUAAUAUAAAGGAUUACAAUUGAUAGUUAUGGAUGUCGAGUAUGCUUUAUUGAUAAUAAUAUGUUCACAUUUUCAGUUUUUGAGAUCAAUAAUAAGAAUAAAUAAUUUACCAAAACUAGAGAUAUUCCUAUAAAAAGUGGAUCAGAUGGCUAUACAAAAUUUCUUUAGCAAUAUAAAAAUUAAAAAUGUAUUCUUGAAAGUAAAAAUGGAGAAUAUGUCAAUUUGAUAAGGAAAAAAUAAAAUGGAAAAUUUUUAACUGAAUAAUCUAUUCAUUUUGAAAUAAAUCAAUUAUAUGGAAAUAUGAGUAAUGGUAAUGAUGGAGAGUAUUUGAUCACUUGGGAUAAAAAAUCAAAAUAAAUUCAAAUUAGAAGAUAUAAAGAUAUAUGA